GCCCUCCCCCUCCGCAGCCCUUCCCCUCCCCUCCCGUCCCGUCCCGUCCCUUCCCCUCCCCUCCCCGCCCGGCCCCUCCCGCAGGUAGCGGCCGCCUCCGGCUCCGGGGGGGGGGGUCCCGGGGGGGUCCCUGCGGGCGGCCCCGGGAUAAUGAAGGUGAAGGUGGUGUCGGUGCUGGAGGACAACUACAUGUACCUGGUCAUCGAGGAGCGCACCCGCGACGCCGUGGCCGUGGACGCCGCCGUGCCCAAAAGGCUGCUGGAGAUCGUCAGGAGGGAGGACGUGGUGCUGCGAGCCGUCCUCACCACCCACCACCACUGGGACCACGCGCGGGGCAAUGAGGAGCUGGCGAGGCUGUGCCCUGGGCUGCGGGUGUACGGCGCCGAUGAGCGGAUCGGGGCCCUGACGCACAAGGUGGCCCCCAACGAGGAGCUGACGUUUGGGGCCAUCCAUGUGAGGUGCCUCUUCACCCCCUGCCACACUUCGGGCCAUAUGUGCUACUUCAUGUGGGAGGACGGCUCCCCGGACGCACCAGCUCUCUUCUCAGGUGACACCCUGUUCGUGGGAGGCUGCGGGAAGUUCUUCGAGGGGACGGCGGAGCAGAUGUACACCAACCUCACCCAGGUGCUGGGGGCUUUGCCGAAGGAGACGAAAGUGUUCUGUGGCCACGAGUGCACCGUCCGAAACCUCAAGUUCGCCUUAAAAGUGGAACCGGAGAACGAAGCAGUGAAGAAGAAACUUGCGUGGGCCAAGCAGCGGGAUGAUGAUGACUUGCCCACGGUGCCCUCCACGCUGCAGGAGGAGUUCCUCUACAACCCCUUCCUGCGGGUCACGGAGGAGGCCGUGCAGAAAUUCACAGGGAAGACGGAGCCGGUGGAGGUGCUGAGGGCUCUCCGCACCGAGAAGGAUAACUUCAAGAAGCCCAAGGAGCGGCCCCAUCCCCAGGCCGUGCUGGCCUUCGACUGGGGACUUUUCAGCCCCUUCCUGGAGAAGAAGUGAGCCGCGGUGGCAGCAGGCGGCUCCCUGGUGUGACCAUGGGCACGGCCACCAAAAUUCAGCAUCCUGGUGGUGGCAGCGAGGGCCUGCCCAGGGCGUCCCCAUGCCCUGAUCAGGCCCGGGGCAGGGACGGGUGCGAGGCCCUGGGGACGCGCAGGAGCUGCCGCAGGGCUGGCCCUGGGCUCCCAGCAGCCAGGGGAUGGGCAUCGAGCUGGGCAUCAGCAGCUGCUGGACUUCAGAGCUGGGCUGACAGAAACCCUGCCUGUGUUGUGGUUUGUGUAUUUUUUUCCUUUUUUACUUUCUGGUUUAUUGUAGGCAAUGUAGGAGAUCGUGGAGGGGUUUCUAAGGCAAUUGCUGACUUAGCGGAGCCAUCCAAAUUGCUUAAGCCUUGCAGGAUGCUUUCAGGUGGAGUUCAGGUGUGGAGGAGAGCCUGCUCUCAUCCACUCCGUACAGUGCUUUUCAGGGUGGGAGAGCUUUUAGGCAGCAAGCAAGCAUGCUGCUAUGGAUCCAUUACAAUUUUUUUCCCUCAAGAUAGAAUACUGGAAAAAUACUGGAUAAAUUCACACAUACCUCGCCUUUCCUCUGGAGUAAGAGUGAGGAGCAGCUGGGUCUCUUAUGCCUCUUGAGCAUGCAGCCCUCAUUGUUCAGUUUGUGCAGCAUCAGUACUGUAUUUUAUUUGUUAAGUCUGAAAAAUGUGUAGCGCUUUUAUUUUGCAGGUGGUGGUGAGUUGUAUUACAAAACUGAGUAAUGUAGUUUUCUUUUUUUUUUAGGGAAAAAUAGGGCUUGAAGGUAGCUCUGUAAAUAGCUGUGAAAUCCCUCCGAUGGGGCUGGUUUGGGGCAGGUUGCCCCGCGUUGGGCAGUCACACCAAUCUCUUUUUUCCUUUCCUUCAGUUGUGCAAUGUGUGUGACUCGUUGUCUCGGUGUUGCUCAGUUUACCCCUAGGUCAUGCAGAUUGCAUGAGAACAGAGAGGAGCAACCAGAGGAGUUGGCCCCACGGCCCCAUACCACGGGGGUGUCCUUUUAAUCAGCACUGAUUACAAACUUUAUAGCUCCUAACACUGGAAUAGCGUUGACUUCAGGAUCUGUUGUGUGGACUGUGAACUGCAUCUGUUACCACUGAAGCCUGUUUUAUGGCCAUUUUUUCCCUUGCUAGAAACUUGACUAAGUUUUUUUGUUUGUUUGUUUGUUAUAUCGUUAGAAUUUACUCUUCUGCACAGGAGGGGAAGAGUCAGUCCUGCUGCACAACUUGCCUCGGUACUGUUGCCUCCCAGCUACUCAGUUCAGAUGUACUGGUGCAGUUUGCAGGUGAUGCCCUACAGGCAUUGUACCUGGGGAGUGCCCCUGGACGCUGCAUAUUGUGAGUGAAGAUGCACUAGGGUGCACGUGGGAGGGUUCCCACACUAGCACGGGGCUUGCUUGUGUUGACAGCAGUGUGCAGCUCAAAGGCUGGGUUAAACUGGAGCUGCUCUUGAUACCGUGGCAAGAGCAGACAACUGGGAGAGUUUGUGGGAGCUGUGGUCUGGGUGGAAAGUCCUUUGGCAGCUCUAGUAAGGUGCAUGUUGGUAGCUGGAGGUGACAAAAUGCAAAUCCUCAGUUUAAUCUACAGCUCAUUCAGCUUUACUUGUGCACUUCUGGCUGGAUGUGCAUGUUCUCACCAGGAACAGAAUGUGUUUCUUUUGCACUGAUGUACACAGUUUAUGGGCUCAGCACUGCAGCAUGUUGGACUUCGUUUGCAUUAGCACUGGUCUCUCUUCCUGUAGAUAAAAAUGUUACGACUUAGCAUAACACUGUGCUACAGAACUAUGCAUGGAGAAGGGCAUUCACUGCAACUACCAACUUGCUCGUGUAUGACUAGGGAAGGGAGGGGGAAACAGUGGGAGAUUUUUGCCUUAUGAACACUGUGAAUUCACUAAUUGAUCGGCAACACCUAAAAUAUGUAAAGCUUUUAAUUAAAAACAUUAAAAUUGUCUUUUA